ACUAAAACCGCUACUGUCCCUCACCCCCUAACCCUCAACUCUCUCUCUCUCUCUCUCUCUCUCUCUAGAUUUUCUCAAUCUUUAUAAACGUGGAUUAGCACGUAAAUUGUUUCAAAUAUAUACUCACAUCCUGUUUCUGUUUCAUUUUCUUGAAUAUAGAUGAAAGAACAAGAAUGGGGGACUCCGACACUUUGUUUUCUCCCUCCGGUCUCUUGUGCUCAGAAGGCGGAGCUUGGUUGAAUGAGGAGGAAGAGGAGGCAGAAAACUGGGUUGACCAAGAACCAUGUUUUGUUUCGGAGGAUGAAGAUGAGUAUAUUGAGAAGUUGGCUCAGAAAGAGAGUUUUGGUUUUGGAUCCAAAAGCAGGGUGCCAUCCUCUUGUGUUUGCUCAAGCACAAAAAGCUGUUUGAAGUGUGCUCGCCUUGCAGCGAUUGCGUGGAUUUUCAAUACUCGGGCAAUCUUUGGUUUCAAAUCUCAUACGGCUUACAUAGCUAUUACUUACUUUGAUCAGUUUCUUUCAAAGCGAGUCGUUGAGGAUGGGAAACUUUGGGCUAUUGAAAUACUAUACGUGGCAUGUUUAACUUUGGCAGCAAAGAUGGAGGAGUGUAAAGUGCCGGUGCUAUCGGACUUCAAGGUGGGAGGUUAUAAUUUCGAGAACAGAGCGGUGAAGAGUGUGGAGUUAAUAAUUUUGAGCUGUCUGGAAUGGAAAUUGGGUUCAAUAACUCCUUUUCAUUAUCUGCGUUAUUUCAUCAAUAAAUUUUGUGAUGAAUCUAGACCGAAAGGGUUGUUCUAUAGAGCUGUGGAACUUAUUCUGGCCAUCACAAAAGAGACCAAUUUAAUUGACCAUCGGCCAUCUGUUAUAGCUGCAGCUGCAGUAUUAGUAGCAGUUGAUGGUCAAUUAUCUAAAAAAGCAUUGGAGCUCAAGACCAAUGUGAUAUCUUUGUGGGGGUCUCAAGAAAAGGAACAUGUAUUUUCCUGUUAUAAUAUAAUGCAGAACAUUGAGAUGGGAAAAGUUACGACACCCAAGUCUGUAUAUUCCCCGAAUUUGUCAUCAAUGCAUUCAAGCUCUAUCGAUUCCACUGAGAAUUCUUCUUCCAUCCUUGCUGCUGGCAGUAAGAGAAGUCUUGUAUUCACAAACAGUGAUCAAAAUUGCCCACCAAAGAGAAGCCGCUGACCAUAGUUAGCGGAAUUUAAUCCUCUUAGCAAAGUUUUGAUUUUGUGUUUUCCGAUUGCAUUAUAGGGUCUUUUGACUGAGAGAUUCUUAGUAUAGAUUGGUUUAUAGGUGUUAUGAGUGUUCUCUACCAUCUCAUGAUAAAAUCUGGAGUUGAUGAUUGGGAUUCCAUUUUAAAAACCCAACAAAAGCUUCAGCAAGUGACAACCGAGAAGACAGAGAAAAGAGAAGAGUAAAUAAAUAAAAAGGGAUGACUUUAGCCUACAGUAAGAAGUAAGAAGCUGACUGGAUGUCCAAAAGCUAUUAAGGAUGAAGUGAAGGCCAAGAGAGUGCCAGAAGGCCAUUGAAGACAGCUUGUCUAUAGUGACUCUUGGUAGUGUUUGCUUUCUUGAAUGUUACCACUUUCUUACCCACUUUUUUCAUUUUUUGUAUUUCUUUUUUUGAAGACAGUUAUUUUUUCAUAAAUGGCUUGCCACCCUACCUUUCGAUGGGGGGCUUGGGAUGCUUCCUAUGUCUUUCAAAAGGCUGAAAGCCAUAAGGAAUGAGGAAUUGUUUUUGCUUGAUUUGAUACAUCUGUGUUGCAUUUGGGUCAUUGAAAAGUAUAUAAAGGUGAAUGUGAUUAUAUUUUCUUA